CGACCGUCUCCACCCCCGCCCGAGGGCCCUUGUGCGCCUGCGCGGUCGCUCUCCCGCCCUCUCGCGGCGCUGGACUGAGUCAGUCAGUCCGUCGGAGUCUGUCCUCGGAGUAGGAGAGGCGAGGCGACUUUGGAGAGCCAGCUGCCGGAUUAUUUUCUCUCCCCUCCCUGUCUCCCGUCCCACAUCUCUCUUCACCCCUCUCCCGCCUUUGCUCGUGCAGCUAUGGCGGAGCCGUCGGCAGCCACUCAGUCCCCGUCCGUCUCUUCGUCGUCCUCCGGGGCCGAGUCAUCUGCGCCCGGUGGUGGCAGCGGGAGCCCGGGAGCCUGCCCCGCCCUGGGGACGAAGAGCUGCGGCUCCUCCUGUGCGGAUUCCUUUGUUUCUUCCUCUUCCUCUCAGCCUGUAUCUCUAUUUUCGACCUCACAAGAGGGAUUGAGCUCUCUUUGCUCUGAUGAGCCACCUUCAGAAAUUAUGACUUCCUCCUCUUGUUCAUCUUCUGAAAUACGUAACACUGACCUUACAAUACUACAUGGAGUAAAAAGCAAAAUGUUAGGCAGCCAGAUUCUUUUAGCCCAAGAAGAAAAAGACUGCUUGUCUCUUCUAGAUGGGAAAAAGAUGGAAAAGCCUCCGGGGGCCAGUAAAGACAUGGAAGACUCCCCAGUUUCUGCUGCAGAAGGAGUUCACUGUGACCGUCCUUCCAUUCCACUCAGCUUCCUGGGUCAUCCUGCUUUUCUCUCAAAGGAAGUUGGUCAAAUGGAACAACAGAUAAAUAAAGAUCAAGAGUCCCGGAGCCCAAAUGAGGAACCAAAUAGGGAUAAUAUAACUGCCUUGGAUGCAGAUGACAAGUUCACUGCGCUGACAGCCCAGAAGCCAGCCACCCAGCAGCCUAAAACAGAAGGCGUUUGUCCAUAUUCCUUGUCUCCUUCUGAAGCUUCAGGAGGUGGUGUUAUGGAAAAGGAUUCCCCUGAAUCACCAUUUGAAGUAAUUAUUGACAAAGCAGCAUUUGACAAAGAAUUUAAAGACUUAUAUAAGGAAAGCAUAAAUGAUUUUGGUAGCUGGGCAGUGCAUACUAGUAGAGAAUCACCUACAGACAUUUCAGAGUCUAAUGACAAAGUAUUUCCACUGAGAAAGAAAGAAGCAGGGCGUUACCCAGCCUCUGCAUUGCUCACCAGGCAGUUUUCACACACAACUGCAGCAUUGGAAGAGGUAUCUAGAUGUGUGAAUGAUAUGCAUAACUUUACUAAUGAAGUACUGACUUGGGAUUUGGUUCCCCAAGUGAAACAGCAGAAUGAUAAAGCUGAGUACAAUACAAAAACUACAGGACUUGGCACAAGUGAAUAUAAUUCAGAAAUUCCUGUUGUAAAUCUUAAAACGAACACUCAGAAAAUUCCUGUAUGUUCUAUUAAUGGAAGCACUACUAACACUAAAUCACCAGGUGACUGGGUGGAAACAUCUCUCCCACAGGAAAAUGCCGUGCCAGAUCAUUUUGAUUCCACACAGGAAGUCACUAUCAAAGGUGUGCAAGACAGUGUGCAGAAAAGAGACGACACACUUUCAGAGUUACCUGGAUCUCCACUGGAGAAAUGUGUCUCUCUUGGCUCUGGAGUGGCCACAGAUAAAGUAGUUUUACCCGACGGCCACCUGAAAGGUGGAAUGAGCUGGCAGACCUCUGUGUUGGGAGAAGUGACAGAAGCUGAUAGUUCUGGUGAAUCUGAUGACACAGUAAUAGAGGACCUCACAGCAGAUAAUUCAUUUGAGAGAAACAAAAUUCAGGCUGAAAAACCUGUUUCCAUCCCAAGUCCUGUUGUAAAAACAGAUGGAGAAGUCAAAGAGAUCCUCAGUUGUAACAAGAAAGACAGAACAUCUGAAAAUGUUGAAGGGUCGGUCAGUGACUCUGAGCCACAAGAAGUUCGGCCUGAUCCUCUUGAAAGGAGCCCAGGUGAAGCAGUGUGUUCACUAGUAUCUAAUAAGAAUGGCACGUCAGAAGUGAAGCAGUCAGGUAGUAAGCAUGAAGCUGUUCCUGAAAAGCCUGUUGCAGCUGAGAACCCAAAACUCCCUUCAGAAGCAGCUCCUACAGAACUGGCACAAAGUGUGACAAGCUCUGCCUAUCUGGAGUCAUUGCAUGAAAAAAAUGUGAAAGAUCUAGAUGAUUCUUCCCCAGAGGACCUGAUGGCGGCCUUUACAGAAACCAGAGAGAAAGGAAUAGUAGGUAAAGGUGAAGUCAAUACCUUCGAAGCAACAUCAGAGGAGACUAAGGACUUUAAAACAACUCUUCCUCUAGAUGCUUUGCAUGAGAGUAAGUCAGGUGGUUCUGAAAUUAAAAACAUAAAAAGCAAAUACAGUGAACAAAGCAAAGAAACAAAUGGGAGUGAGCUGGAAGUUUUCCCUACCCAAGGUACUCCAAUAGCAUCUCUCGACUUAGAACAAGAACAGCUCACAAUCAAAGCACUUAAAGAACUGAGUGAAAGGAAGGUUGAGAAGUCAGCUUCUGUACAGGAUAAAGGAGAAUCUCCUGAAGAAAUACUCAAACAGACUUUAACAAAUGUUAAAGAAUCUUCUUGGCCACAGAGAUCAUAUGAUGUCCUAGAACACAAAGAUGUCAAGACUGGAUCUGAUCUUGAGAUUUCCAGGAAGCCCACUAUUAUCAAAGAAACCAGUAGGGUAGAGGUUAUUUCCAGCCUAAGCAAGACUGAGCCAGUAAACAAGCCUGUCCUAACAAGACUUCUGACAGAUGCAUCAGUGCACGACUUGAUUUUCUGGCGAGAUGUGAAGAAGACUGGCUUUGUCUUUGGCACCACACUGAUCAUGCUGCUGUCCCUGGCAGCUUUCAGUGUCAUCAGUGUGGUUUCUUACCUCAUCCUGGCUCUUCUGUCUGUCACCAUCAGCUUCAGGGUCUACAAGUCUGUCAUCCAAGCUGUACAGAAAUCAGAAGAAGGCCAUCCAUUCAAAGCCUACCUGGAUGUCGACAUCACUCUGUCCUCAGAAGCUUUCCAUAAUUACGUGAACGCUGCCAUGGUGCACAUCAACAGGGCCCUGAAACUCAUCAUUCGUCUCUUUCUGGUGGAGGAUCUAGUUGACUCCUUAAAGCUUGCUGUCUUCAUGUGGCUGAUGACCUAUGUUGGUGCCGUUUUCAAUGGGAUCACCCUUCUGAUUCUUGCUGAACUACUCGUUUUCAGCAUUCCAAUUGUCUAUGAGAAGUACAAGACCCAGAUUGAUCACUAUGUUGGCAUCGCCCGCGAUCAGACCAAGUCAAUUGUUGAAAAGAUCCAAGCAAAACUCCCUGGAAUCGCAAAAAAAAAGGCAGAAUAAGUACAUGGAAACCAGAAACACAACAGUUACUAAAACACCAUUUAAUAGUUAUAACGUUGUUACUUGUACUAUGAAGGAACAUGCUCGGUGUCAGCUUGAGCCUGCAUUCCAAGCUUUUUUUUAUUUGGUGUUUUCUCCCCUCCUUUCCCUCUACCCUCAGUAUCAAGCACAAGAAUUGUUGGACUUAAACAAGAACUGAUAUCUUAGAAAACCCAAAAGAAUAAAGAAAGAGUCAAAUUAAUAGGAUAAGUCAGUACCUUAAUGAUGGUGGAGCUUUUACCUGUAACUUGAAAGGAGGGGGAAAAUUGGAGGUAAAGGAGAAAAUGAAAAAUUAAAACACAUCUCUUGGGUUCUUGUAUCCAAAUUUCAAGGACUAGUCAGUCUUCUAUAGCUUCCCAUCAUAGUUUUGCCCUUAUUUUUAAGUUAAGAAAUAAUGAUUAACUUAUGAAGAAAUUAUCUGGGGACAAGAAUGGGAUCCUUCCCUUGUUUUUGUUGUUGUUUUGCAGUCCUCUGAUCCCAUCUUUCUGCCCCACGACGUGAGCAGCUACUCCUAAUUUUCUUCUUCUUCAUUUAAUGAUAUAGCUUUCAACUCUGUGAAUAACUUAUAGUUGAUAGUGAUGAUUCCUGAUUCCCAGAGUACCAUCUGAUAACCAAGAAUGGAGCUGGAAGGUCGGACGGAGGAGCGCACAGGAGCGCUGCUGUGACUCCCGAGCGUCCUCAGGAAGGAAAGGCUCCGCAUGGGGGACGGUGGUGUCUGUGUCGUUUGUUCUGGACACCAGUUCUGAGCUGUAGUUGGAGAGCUUAUUCCUGAAUGUGCUUUCCUCCCUCUUUCCUCCCCUCAAGUUCAAUAAAUAUGGUUGUACUUUUCUUAUUAUAAAGUAAAUGUCUGUAACUGCUGUA